AUGCCUAUCCUAUCAUUAUCCUCAACACGGGACAGUGUAUUUACAAGAAUAUACGAUUAUCUUAAAGCGGCUGUACAGCAUGUGGUUGUGCCUUAUUUAGAAGAUGACAAAUCGCCAAAAAAUACUCCUUCCGAGAAGCUAGAAGCCACCGCGGAAGGGCAUGCGGAGAAAGACUGUACUUCUACAGAAGAUAACAAUCCGGUUGACAUCAGCCUGUUAUUUCCCAGAGAGAACAACAACCAGCUAAGUGUGACGUCAAAAUCUUCAGUUGUUCCGUGCGCCUUGAAUUUGGAUAACCUACAAACACCUUUUUCUAUUGGCAUAGAUGAAAAUGGCACAGUAAGUACACGGUUGAACUUGAACAAAACGAUUUCGCAGGAUUCCUCUAGCGAUGAGCCAGCAAAGUUACAAAACGACUUACUAAGCUCCCCCUUGCUUGAUGAGUCCUAUAUCAACAAUGAACAGUACAAAGCCCUUUUCCCCUCCAAUUUUCUUCCCAUUACCCCUAUAAGCAGCGUAAUUACUCCAGCAUCGAAGAAAAGUGUUGAUGAGUCUCCGCUUUCUGAUGAAGUUCCCCAAGGCACCGCCGAUGAAUCAUCGGAAACCUUACCAUACGUCUGCCACUACUGUGAUGCUAGGUUCCGAAUUAGGGGAUAUUUAACACGGCACAUAAAAAAGCAUGCGAAAAGGAAGGCGUAUCACUGUCCAUUUUUUGAUGAUAGCAUUUCGCAGGAACUGCGCUGCCACACUUCAGGCGGGUUCAGCAGAAGGGAUACAUACAAAACACAUUUGAAAUCCAGGCAUUUCAAUUAUCCCGAAGGUGUCAAGCCCCAAGACCGAAAUAAGUCAUCUGGAGCGUGUGCUCAAUGUGGAGAACACUUUAGCACUAGUGAGAGCUGGGUGGAAAAUCACAUUGAGGCUGGAAGUUGCAAAGGGUUGCCAGAAGGCUAUUCAGAGAGAAUACGAGAGAAGAAGAAGACGUCUAAGAUGAAAAUGAUAAAGACCUCAGAUGGUCAGACGAGGUUUAUUUCUUCAGAGGAAAGUGUUCUCGAACCAAGAGGAUUACUAAACGGCAACGCCAAAGAGCUCCACGAUGACAGUUCCCUGCCGACAGAGACUGGAAGAAGCGAAAUUAGAAUGGACACUCAGUGGUUCGGACACAAACAGGACUCUGAAUCUCUGCAAGCUACACGAUCACGUGAAUCAGCAGGCACACAAAAUUUCAAAGAGAGGCCGAUUAUAUCUCCUCCAGUCCUGUCACCUCAGAGUGCAUCACCUGUAGCUCAGGAGUAUCAGUCAUCAAAAUACACGCUACAUAUGGACUCUCCGGCGUUAUCCCCCGCCUCGUCGGCGCUAUCUCCCCUUUCAGGCGACCCAGUCACAACUGCAGAAACGAACAAAACAUAUCCAUUAGAUUCGGAGCAAUCAUUGUUCGAACCAGACAAGACAGGGGGAGACUCAGCUGGUCAGCUGAAGAAAGGCAAUAUGAUUUCCAUCAAUGAGAUAUUACAGAAGCAAAUGGACUUUGAGCUACUGGGUGAAAACCACUUGAGAGAAACUCAAGAUUAUUUAGCUAUUUACAAAAGAGCAAACGGGAUAGAAUUUUAA